CUGCCCUGUCUACCCUGGAUAAAGCCCUUACUUGGUUAAGGAGACUGAGGAAUAACCAUUGCUCUAGGAGGAAGAUGAUAAGGCUGGCUAUUCUUAGCACAGCCUACCACAUUUGGAGAUUGAGGAAUGGUGUCUAUUUUGACAACUAGGCCAUUAAUAUUGAUGGUAUUGUGUGCAAGAUCAAGGUGGGGGUCUUCAAAGUAAUGAACAGGGUAGAGCACCAUCACCUUAUGCCUGAGUACUCCAUCCUAGCUCAUUUGUGUGAGACAGGUUUUGACUUGGGCCUGAUGCUUUUCCUUGCUGGAAGCUGUGAACUCGCCCAGGCUUUGCAAGCAGAAUGGACAUGGAUCUGUGAUGCUGUGUUGCUGUGUAUUGGUCUUCUACACUCUAGGGCGAGCCUAUCCAUCCUGAUUUCCAGCGGCAUUGUUCAAGAUUUGGGAUUCAACGAACUACCUAGGAUGGCGAAGGGCAAGAAGAAGGAGCGUAGACCUCCACCCCCACCCCCCCGAACAAGAAAGAGUUGCGUAACUUUCUUCGUGAUAUGGAGGGUGAGUCUGGGGCUGGAGAAGGAUAAGCCUGGCACCAGCAAUGGAGAUACUCCAGUAGUUACCCCAGUAGCUAAUCCUGAAGCUCCUGAAACUGUUGAACCUAUUGGGAAGGAAAACUGUGAGAAUGAAACUGGAGACAAUGAUGGCAAUGCACCUGGUAACAAAGUGGAUACACCUGCUGAGAAGAAAAGCUUUGCUUCACUCUUUGAAAAGAACAAGUCUGAGGAUAAAGAUAGAGACUCAGUCUUGCAUAGGGAUGACCACAGAAUCAACAACAAGAAGCUUUUACUCAACAUCCCACAGGAUGGAUUCAUGUGGAAUGCAAAAUCUUUCUCUACCAUGCCAGUUUGGGUGAAACUUAUGGAUGUUCCUAUGCAGUUUUGGGGUCCUAACAGCUUGUCAAAGAUUGCUUCAAAACUUGGAAGACCACUCUUCACAGAUGGUCUGACUAACAAGGUUGCCUCCAAACUCACUGUGGAGAAGGACCCAGAGGACAAUCUGGCCUACAAGAAACCCAAUUUCUGUAGAGUCCUCAUCCAUAUGGACCUCUCCAAACCUCCCCCUUCCUGUAUGAAGGUCAAUUUUGUUGGAGGCAGCUAUUCACAAUUUGUGGAGUAUGAGGAUCUCCUCCUCUACUGUUAUCACUGUGAGAAAUUUGGGCAUACUCCUUUUGACUGUGCUCAGCUUUUUGAAAUGGAAAGGAAGAAGGAGCAUGAGGAACAGAGGGACAGGGAGAAGGCCAGAGUGGAAGUCCUGAAAACCACUCUCAGAACAGAUACUAGGGACAAACAGGAUGGCAAACAGGGUGGCAAACAGGGGCAGGACAAAAAUCAUGGCAAACAAAAGGAGGGAUUGGAGCAUACUGUUGCUCAGAAAGCCCCUGUUAACCCUGAUGAACCCUCACCUUCUUUCACUAGGAAGGAUGACAAUGAUGGAUUCACAUUGGUGGGAAGAGGCAAAGGAACCCUAACUACACAUCCUUUGAAGCCUCAAUACAGGAGAGAAACUAGAAACUCAAUAAUGAUCUUCUUGAUGCUAAGGCUACUGGUAUGCAAUUCACUUGGAACAGAGGGAGCAAGUGGGCUAAGCUUGACAGGGUCUUGGUUAACUGUGAAUGGGACCUCCUUCAGUGGGAGUGGGACUGCUGGGCUGACUUUAAACCCAUGGAAUUCCAAUCUGAUCACUGCCCUGUGGGGGAACAAGGAUUCUGUUACUGUCCUGGCCAACACUAUUCAGAAUUUUUCUCAAGUAUCUGGCCUUUUUGUUAAUCCCCUCAAAUCCAACAUCUUUUUGGUUGGAGAAAUCAAGGACAGCAAGUCUGAUCUCUUGUCCUUGGUUUCCUUCCCUGAGGGGAAACUUCCUGUCAGAUACUUGGGACUCCCUUUGACUUCUCAAAGAGCUUCAGAAAGAGACUUUGCCCCCCUUAUUGCCAAAGUGGAUGAGAAUAUCAGGAAAUGGAACACUAAGUCUCUAUCUUCUGCUGGCAGACUGGAAUUGAUCAGAAGUGUGAUUCAAGGUAUUGAGGGUUUCUGGUUUCAGGCUUUUCCCAUUCACAAAUCAAUUUUGGAUAGAAUCACUACCCUCUGCAGAGUUUUCUUGUGGGGAAGUAAAUUCUGUAAAGUGGCCUGGGAUGACAUCUGUAAACCCAAAGAUGAAGAAGGUUUGGGACUCAGAAACUCAACCAUUUGGAACCAAGCACUACUGGCUAAGUGCUUCUGGAACAUUGCAGCAAAUAAGGAAACCUUAUGGAUACAAUGGGUGCAUUCUGUCUACCUCCAGGGCAGUGACUUUUGGACCUGGAAUCCUAGCAAAAAGGAUUCACACUUCUUCAAGAAGAUUGCUGAGAUUAGGGACUCUCUUUUGCAAAAGUGUGGUGAUAGAUUCAUGAUUGAAGACAAUUUGUGUGACAUGGGGGAUAUUAAAGCCACCAAGGUCUAUGAUCUUUUGAGGUCCAAGGGUAACAUUAGACCUUGGAUGAAAGCAAUUUGGAAGCCUUAUAUCCCUCCUAGAUAUUCCUUCACUGUUUGGCUUACCCUACGUGGAAGACUUCCCACAAAAAUGAAUCUCCAUUUCCUACAGCUAGAUAAUAGGAAUUGUGAGUUCUGCCAUACUGAGGAGGAAACUGCCCAGCACCUCUUCUUCCUUUGUGAGAAUACUGCUCUCAUUUGGGGAGCCAUCAGAAACUGGCUUAAUAUUGCACCAGCCUUAUCCACACUGGAGAGAGCCAUUGAAUGGGUAGGAAGACAGAGACAUAGUCAUUGUGCUAAGAGGAAAAUGUGGAGGCUGGCAAUCAUGUGCACUGUGUACACCAUCUGGAGAAGCAGAAAUGGAUGCUACUUUGACCAUGGAGGAUUCAACACUGAUACUAUCAUUUACAAAAUCAAAGUGGGGGUAUAUAAGAUUUGGUCCUUGGGGUGCUGGAACAGUCUCUCUUCUGAGAUAGAUGUUCCUUGGGUUUGGGCCAGCCUCAAUGGCUUAGUCUCUGGACUAUGGAGAGUUGACAUACUCUUCGAAGGGAGUUGGACACAUCAUGACCACCUCACCUCCCUGUGUUGUAGAAGAGAUGAUGCACUCUUUGAAGGGAGAUGGACAUACUUGGUUGCAAUGGAUGUUCUACUGCUAGCUAUUAAUCUUGGGAGGCAG